AUGGCCCAAAUAACCAACAUUUUUCGACGUCUGCGCAAGGGUAUCAAGUCCCGACAGUCAACCUCGGAGGGCGCAUACACCAAACUUGCCGAGCUAGAACAAGAACUAUCUCGAGCCAUCAAUGCAAUGUACGACCUUCAGAUGCGGCUCGCAGAGCAUGAUUUUAUGCUCGCACACACCACCUCAAGUAACCCCAUUCUUGUCAUUCUCCCUUUUCAAUUUAAUUCCCACUCCCUAUCUGACAAUCCUAGAACAAUUUCACCAACAGAAAUAACCCCAACCUCGAUCAAUGAUAUCUGGCUCUGUGAAUACAGUGGCUCAUUACUGAUAGACGCAGAAGAGCGGUGGCAAUGCGAUGAGCCAGAGCUUGCAAUGGAGCUUGCCUCACAGGUCAUUAACCAAAACCCCUUUCUGUGCGAACUUGAUGAGAUGCGAUGUCGACUAUUUAUCGCUGCUGUUCAACAUUAUCUUUGCCGAUAUGAAGAUUCCAUGAUGAGCCUAGAGACGGUUAUGCAAAUUAACACGUGCUAUGCUGUAUUAAACAACCCAGAAUCUAGCAUUAUCGCCGGCAUUACUUAUUUUAUCAAAGGAAUGAACCUCAUGAAACUUGAAAGGUUCCCAGAGGCUUAUGCAUCGCUCACUCGAGCACUACAUAUACCGGGCUACAGCGAAAAGGCCCGCGAGGUCCAAAAGCAGGCUAUCAUUGGGUUUACUUGCAUAGAGGCCGCUGAGUUUGACCCCUCUCCGGCAGCGUCCACCAACGCAUUAUUAAACUGGGAAGAUAGUGAAAAAUACAAACAAUUUCUAAAGGACUCUCUAUUGGGUUGA